CUUUCCCUUUAAGAAAAAACACAAGAAUUUCAAAAAGCCAUAGCUUAAUUUCUUCUAUUUGUACUUUUACUUAAUUUUUAUUGUUACAUGUGCUUCACACUAUAAUCAUUUCAAGACUUUUUUAUAUGUGUGAUGAGUUAUAUGUAACAAUUUCUUUUUCUUAGUCAAAAAAUCAUUUUUUUUUAAAGCUUUGGCUAUGGAGUUGGAGGUGGAAAACAAGGUUUAUGUAGCAAUUAAUUCAAAUCUUCAUGAUGGUUUUUUGACUUUACAAUGGGCACUCAAAAGAUGGUCUUCUCAAUCAAUCACAAUUGUUAUUCUUUAUGCUGUUAAUAACAUAUGUAAAGACUAUGUUAUUACACCAAUGGGAAAGCUACCAGCAGGUUCAGUGAAUGAAGAAAAACUGAAAGAUCUUGAGAAGUUUGAAGAAGCAAAGAAUCAAAAGAUACUUUGGAGAUACAAAGUUUUUUGUGGAAAUGUUAAAGUUGAAGCAAUCAAGAUUGAAGGAUAUGAUGAAUCCAUUCAAGAAAUUAUGGUGGAUUUGAUCACUACUUUAAGGAUAACCAAAUUGGUCAUGUCAUUGACUUUCAUGAAAUCUUCAUCAUGGAAAUCAAGAAGUGCAAUAAGUGGAUCAUUUUUUGUGCAUAGACAAAAGCCAGAAUUCUGUGAAUUAUUUAUAAUAUGUGGAGGGAAGUUGGUUUUACUAAGGGAAAGAAAUAAUGAAGGAUUAAUAGAAGAUGAUCAAGGAGAAAUGGUUGCAAAUUCAAGAUCAAAGAGGCAAAGUUUUAGAGAUUGGGUUGUAAAAAUGUUCCCUGAAAAUAGUGCCAAAAUGAAAAAUCAAUGUGAUUCAUCAGCAAGCAAUGGCUCAUUUGAUCAAUGGGAAAAGUAUAAAAAUGAAAUUGAGAAUUACAUGAGUCAAAUAUUAUCUUCAAAUGCAGAGGAAAUUAAUGAUUUUGUUGCUAAUGAAAGUCUCCAGAAUAGCAUUACAGAGCUUCUUAUGGCUGAUAAUAUGACUGUGCAAGAAAAGAGAAAAGCUUUAAAAAUCAAGUUUCUGGAGAUCAAACAAACAAUACAACUAAGCAGAGAAGAAGCAAAAGCCCAUGUUAGAGGACAUGCUAAGGCUCAGUGGGCUACCACAUUAUGUACUAGAAGGGCUGAAGAAAUUGAUGGUUGCAUAAACGAUGAAAUCGCACGAAAGGCUGAUCUAAAGAGGGAGUUAGAUGCCACAAAAGAAGAGCUCAGCGAACUUCAUACUGAAGUUGAGAUCACGACGAGUAGACUCAACUCAAUUCUUGAACUACAACGCGAGCUCUCAAACAAGCUGCAGCUGUCGUCUGUGGCAAGAUCGCGUGCUGAGGUCAAAGUGGAGAAAGUAGUGAAGCAAAGAACAGAUACACUUCAGGAGAUUGAGGAGUAUAGAAAGCAAAGAGAUGUUCUACGACGAAGGAUAGAGUUUUGCAGGGAAAAAGACGCGAUAGGAAAUGCUACAAUGUUGAUAGAACCGAGUUUUGAGUACAAGGAGUUCACUGCUGCAGAGAUUAGAGCAGCUACAGAUGGAUUUUCGGAUCGUAUGAGGUUGAAAUCUGGUGGUGAUUGGACUGAUGUGUAUAAAGCUAGGCUUAAUCACACAUCAGUUGCGAUUAAACUAUAUAGUUCAGGUGAUGUAGAUUCUGCAGAUGCAUUCCGAGCUAAGGUGAAGCUCUUCAGCCACAUGAGGCAUCCUCAUAUACUAGCGAUGAUCGGAUUUUGCUCUGAGCUAAGGUGCAUUGUGUUUGAGUAUAUGCACAAUGGCUGCUUAAGAGACAUUCUCUUCUCAGGCAAGAGAAGCUCUAAAAGGAGAAACAAGUGUCUAAACUGGCAAGCUAGGAUAUGCAUUGCAGCCGAUGUAUGUACUGGCCUAUGCUUCGUCCAUCGGGCCAAGCCAAGGCCCGUGGCUCAUGGCAACCUCAACCCUUCCAAAAUCCUUCUUGAUCGUAACAAUGUGGCAAAAAUCCAUGGUUUUAGGACGCCUUUGUCUUCUGAUAAAUCGGAUAUAAGAUCAGAUAUCCGGGCUUAUGGGAACUUAGUCUUACAGAUUCUGACCGGAAGAAACUGGGCCGGGCUUAUCGAGGAGGCGAUAAUGAUGGACCAAACUAAGCUUAUUGAAGUACUUGAUCCGACAGCCGGAGAGUGGCCAUUGGAUAUAGCACUGGAGCUUGGAAGAAUAGGAAUAAAGUGUUUGUCUAUUCAUGAAGAUAAGGAGUUGAACAUGACUAGUUUGGCAAGAGAAGUAGAGAAAGUGAAGAAUUUAGCUGAUGAAAUAGUAGCAAAUGGUGAAUGUGUUGCGGCAAACGAAAGAAAUCAAGAUGAUGAAGACUCAGCUGAGUUCCCUAAUUUCUUCCUUUGCCCCAUUUUGCAGGAAGUGAUGAAGAAUCCACAUGUUGCAGCUGAUGGAUUUUCAUAUGAACUAGAAGCUAUAGAAGAAUGGCUAAAAACUGGAAGAGAUACAUCACCAAUGACAAACUUAAGGCUCAACAACAAGCUUCUCACACCUAAUCAAAGUUUACGUUCUCUAAUCGACGAUUUGCAAAAGAAAAGAUCAAUUUCUAUCAGAUAGAUAGAUAGAUAGAUAGAUAGAGAGAGAGAGAGAGAGAGAGUUGAGCCAAAGUUCUAUAGAGUUUUGUACAUGCAGAAGAACAAAGGUUGUAGAGAGGGAAAAAAAAGAACUGAGUCUCUUAGUUUUUAGAGUAAACAAAGUCAGAACUAUCUUUGAGAAGUUCCUUCACUGUUAAUACAAAGUGUAUCAAAGAUGGUAAUUAUCCAUAGAGUUAGUAACAGUAAUCUUAAGAAGUUUCAGUUUUUCCUUUUAACAA